CAUACAGUCUUAGUUUAAAUGUUUUGCGAAAUAAAUUGUGCCAUAACCAGUGCUAAAAAUAAAUACAAUGCAAUGAAUAUUUUUGUGCUUGACAGAAUAUACAUACAUUGCAUAUUUCUAUAUUACUCCCGACAAGAUGGGUAAAUCAAAAUAUAAUACAGAAAAGAAACACCGCAGAGAAAGGUCCAGUAGUCGGGAACAACGUCGAGACAAAGAACGUAGUUAUAAAAAGAAGAAGUCUAAAUCACGAAAACGAUCACGGUCAUUGUCCCAUUCAUCAUCAAUUUCCAGGAGCCCCUCUGGGUCUGACCGCUCCAGAGAUGGAGAUAAAAAAGAAAAAGAAUUUAGUUUGGAAAAAGAAAAGAGAAGAAUAAAAGAGGAGAAAAAAAUGCAGAAAGAAAUUAGGAAAGCUCUUGAAACUCCAGAAGAAAAACGAGAGAGAAGAAUCGCUAAAAAAGAAGAAAAAGAGAGGAAAAGAAGAGAGAAAAUGGGAUGGGACAAAGAAUACAUGGGAUAUACUAAUACAGACAAUCCAUUCGGUGACAGCAAGUUGCUCGACACUUUUGUUUGGCAUAAGAAACUUGAUCAACAAGGUCUGAAAAAUCUAUCUGUAAUAGAGAAAAAGAAAAUCAUGCAUCAAAAACAAGAUGUAAACAAAGUCGAGCUUGCAAAAGUCAAGCAACAACGAUUGGAACGAGAACGUGAGCGACAUCAACGCGAUGAAGAAAUGGAAAUAAUUCAAAGAGAAAAAGAAGCGGAUCAUUUUAAAGUUUGGGAAGAACAAGAAGAUAAGUUUCAUCUGGAACAAGCGAAGCUUCGGUCCCGUAUUAGAAUAAAAGAUGGCAGAGCUAAGCCAAUUGAUUUACUAGCAAAAUAUGCCAGUAGUGCAGAAAAUAUGGAUGAUCUAUCUGGAAUAGAAAUGCAGGAACCGUAUACAUAUCUAAAUGGCUUAACUAUUUUUGAUCUUGAAGAUUUGCUUGCUGAUAUUAAAAUAUAUAUGGAAUUGGAACAAAGUAAAAAUAUAGAUUUCUGGCGUGAUAUGACUGUAAUAACGGAAGAAGAACUCCAAAAAUUGAAACGAAUUGCUGUGAAAGAGCAGGAACAAAGUACAAGUGGAAUACAAGCUCGGGAAUCUCGUAGAGAAGGUGUCAAUAGAGCUGUGGCGGACGAUGUAGCGAAUAUUUUUCACAGCAAAAGUCAUUCUCAAUUAGUUGCUUUACACAAGAGUAUGACGGAACGAAUAAAAGCUGGUGGCUCCAGUCUUGAUGUUGGGUAUUGGGAAUCCCUUUUGUCACAGCUAAAAGCAUACAUGGCAAAAGCAAGACUCCGAGAUAGCCAUCAAGAGUUGUUAAAAAGUAAAUUAUAUAAACUUAAACUGGAUCAACUUGGAGCCGAUGCUGUUGAGAAUACUUUGUUCCCUAUUAAACCAGAAACUGAUCCUGAAGCUGGAAAAGCAGAGGAAGAAGAUGACAGUGAAAAGGAAGAAGAGAAACAAGAGGAAACGAUGACGGAAGAAGAUUGGGAGAACAGAUUUAUGGAGGAAUACGAAGCAGGGGGAUUCAGUCCAAAACUGCUAAGAUCUGGGGACAUUCCACCUGACACUAUUAUUAUUGAUGCUGCAGAAGCAGCUCUCACAUUAGAAGGCAGAAGAAAACUUUUGAAAAAGACUGGAGAUGCAUCGACAGGAACUGAGGAUGCUUUUGUUCGUCACGUUAAGGAAGGAAUGGAUAAUGCUGCAGAUGAAGAUGAAGCGGGAGCUACAUUUGCAGUUGAGGCUCAAAUAUCUCAGCAGGUUUAUUUAUGGGCAGACAAAUAUCGGCCCAGGAAACCAAGGUUUUUCAACCGUGUUCACACCGGGUUUGAAUGGAACAAAUACAAUCAAACCCAUUAUGAUUUUGAUAAUCCACCCCCUAAAAUCGUUCAAGGAUACAAAUUUAACAUUUUUUAUCCUGAUUUGAUAAAUAAAAGUGAAGCCCCAACAUACACAAUCACUCCAACUGGAGACAAAGACUUCGCUAUUUUACGUUUUUCUUCUGGCCCUCCAUAUGAAGAUAUAGCCUUUAAAAUAGUAAAUCGGGAAUGGGAAUAUUCCCACAAACAUGGGUUUCGUUGCCAGUUCAUAAAUAGUAUCUUCCAAUUGUGGUUUCAUUUUAAAAGAUACAGAUAUCGUCGAUAAUAUUUGUUUUCUGACUUUGGAAAUUAUUCAUUGUCAAUCAUGGGAUUAUAAAAUUAGACUAAUCAUGGUUUUACAAUUCCACGAGAAUCGUAAAUGGUCCAGCUAUGUUGUAUUUUCAGGGAGAUCCACUUUAAAUCUCUUUUUUUUCAAAAAUUGAUUGUGUACCUCAUAAGCCGGUGUGCCCAAUGUAUGGAUCAGGAAGUGCUUUAUGCUUCAUCAUUGCCUAUAGACUAUAGCAGGGCUACUCAACUAUUUUCAACAAAGGUCCGUUUAGAAAACGAAAAAAAAUUUGUUAUAAAAUUUUUUCGAUGAUUUAUUCAAGUAAAACCAAUCUCCAAUAUGUUAUUUGGAAAUGUACAGUUAAUUCUGUAAAUUUUUCAGAUCAUGAUUUUCUUGUAAUGUGAAUAGAAUUUGUUCAAAAAAUCGCAAAGUUCAUUACAACUUAUUUGGUCAUCACUACAUUUUCUGUGAGAAUGUAAUAAACUGAAUUAUCUCUGUUCAUUCCAAGAAGUUUGAUGUUUUCAUUCCAAGUGACCUUAUUAAGAAUUACACAGAGCAGCGGUUCCCAAACUAUGGGA